AUGGAUUAUUCUAAUACUGGUGGAGAAUCUGACCUUCACAUUACUGACGCGAUGGUGCUAGAACCUUUAGAUGAGGAGGUACUACACGAAAUGGUAAUGGACGAACGUGUCGAAGACCCAGGUACUGAUGGGGAACAUAAUCAUAGUCAUCAGCCAUCAACCUUGACGGUAGCAACUACGAUAGAAAUCAAACCACCUAGGAAAAAGACAGCUGCCUCCUCAAAGUUGAAUCAAGCUGCCGAAAUCAAUGAGAAAAUGUUGAGAAUGGAAGCGGAAUUAGAAUCGUGCAAGGAAAAACUCUAUCAAGAAUAUAUGAACGAGAUCAUAAAUGAGAUGAAGGGAAUUCAGGAUGGCACAAGUCCGGAAUAUGAAGAACGAUUACAGAUGCUCAUUGAAGAUCGAGAUGCUACCAUAUAUAGAGCCACCACAUAUCGAGAGUAUUUACUUGAAAUAUCUGAAAGAAUUUUUGAUGAAGAAGUGGCACAAGCUGAACAAGAUUAUGAGCGUGAACGACAGGACUUAAUAGAAAAGCUUUUGGCUGAUGUUGAAGAGAGACGAAAAAGAUUAAAGGAGGAACAAGCCAAUUAUGAUUUAAUGCAUGACUCGACUUUCGAAGCGAGCACAAGACAAAAUUCGCGUAAAUUACGAGAACGAAUUGGUAUCAAAGAAUAUAUCUUUGACAUUCAAGUCUUUUUCUUACGUCCCACUCCUAGCGUGAAGGUCGCACAUGAUGAGUAUGUUAUUGAUUUAGCCGAAAUGUGGGAUGAUCCUCUGAACCCUUCAAAGAAAUCUACAUCAUCUCACAAGAAAAAGAAUUCUUAG